AUGCAUAUCUCCAUGGCUCUUGUUGCCGGCAUUGCUGCCUGCGCCGCCGCAAUUCCAGUCAACUCUGCGCGUACCAUCGACACCGUUGCCAACGAACUCGCCUGCGUUGCUCGGGGCGACAUGGCUUGCGCUGGGAUUGCCUCCAAGCGAACCGCAACCGAUCUGGCUAACGAACUUGUCUGCGUUGCUCGUGGCGAUAUGGCUUGUGCCGGUCACGUCGAGAAACGUGACCCCGAGAUUGAACAGCUCGCGAACGAGCUUUCUUGCGUCGCUCGUGGCGACAUGGCUUGCGCCGGCCUGGCCAGCCAGAAACGCGCCGUCGAGGCAGCCAUUAACAAGCUCCCCAGUGAUGCCCAGCCUGACGGAGCUUGCCUACUCAAUGCCAAGUCUAUCAGCACUGACUUCUCCAACGAACUCUGCUGCGCUGCCCAAGGUGAUAUGGCUUGCGCUGGUCUCGUCGCCAAGAAGCGAGACACCGCUGAAGUUGCUAACGAACUUGCUUGCGUUGCUCGUGGUGAUAUGGCCUGCGCUGGCGUCGUUGCCUGA